AUGCCAGAGUUGACAUUAAACAUUCCAUUCGAAACAUCACGACAAGCAGAGAUUGCUAAGAAUACCCUAAUACCAGACCCAGUUUUAAAAUCAGAUGAAUUAAAAAUAGAAUACCAUACGAGUGUGAAUAACUUACUUGUAACAAUUUCAGGAAUUAGUGAUAGAGUAAUUAGAGUCUCCAUCAGUAAUGUGUUGGAUAACAUUAAAACCAUCGUUGAAUGUAUGGAUCAAUUUGAUGGAAAAGAAGAUUCUGAGUGGGAAAUUGAUGAGAAUAAAAUGAAUGGUUAA